UAUUUUAUUUUUUAAAAAGAUUUGUUUGUUUAUUUUAGGGAGGGGAGAGGGAGAGAACCUCAAGCAUACUACCCACUGAGUGCAUAGCGCUUGGGACUCUGAGAUCAUGACCUGAGCCAGAACCAAGAGUCAGAUGCUCAACCAGCUAAGCCUCCUAGGCACCCCAGGACUGGUGUUCUUAUUUUAGAAGUCGGCGGAAGCAGAAGUGGUCUGUGGAUCCAAGAAACACUGCGUGGAGCAAUGAUGAUUCUAAGUUUGGCCAGAGGAUGCUAGAGAAGAUGGGGUGGUCUAAAGGAAAGGGUUUAGGGGCUCAGGAGCAAGGAGCCACAGAUCAUAUUAAAGUUCAAGUUAAAAAUAACCACCUGGGACUUGGAGCUACAAUCAAUAAUGAAGAUAACUGGAUUGCUCAUCAGGAUGAUUUUAACCAGCUUCUGGCUGAGCUGAACACUUGCCAUGGGCAGGAAAUAACAGACUCCUCAGACAACAAAGAAAAGAAGACUUUCAGCCUUGAAGAAAAGUCUAAAAUCUCCAAAAACCGUGUUCACUAUAUGAAAUUUACAAAAGGGAAGGAUCUAUCAUCUCGGAGCAAAACAGAUCUUGACUGCAUUUUUGGGAAAAGACAGAGUAAGAAGACUCCUGAGGAUGAUGAUUCCAGCCCCGCCACUCCAGAUGGGAAUGCGUCUUCCACUACAACAACCAGUGCCUUCACCAUCCAGGAGUACUUUGCCAAGCGGAUGGCAGAGCUAAAGAAUAAGCCACAGGUCUUAGCAACAGGGCCUGACCUUGCAGAGACCCGAAUUGAAAGAAAAAGGGGAAAAAAGAGAAAAAAAAAGGCAAAAGAUAAAAAUGUGGAGACUUACACUGAACCGCAGGCCAAGCAGAAGAGAGACCAAGCUGAAUGGCAGCUCAGAGACCCUUGUUGGGAUGAGAAUUCUGGUGUUUCUGCUGAGGAUGGAGAGGAUUGUGUGUGGCCCCCUGAUGACCAGGACAUUACCCCAAAGCCCAAAAAAAGAAGAGAAAAGAAAAAGCUGCAAAAGCAAGUUGAGGAAGCAAUGGAAGCUAUAUUACAUGACACACCAAUGAAGAAGACAAAGAAGAAGAAGAAGAAAUAGAAGCAAGGUUCCGAAUAAAUUCCUCGAGCCAGGGCCUUCUAGCCAUUCAGCUGUCAGAGCCCUGUGAGCAAACACCUUUGGCCUGAAGUCAGAGCAGAGUUCACCCAAGAGUGUUUGUGCACAACUUUUGACAUGCCCGUGGGUUGCUGAGUCUCGUCCUCUCACCACAUUUUUCCCAACACAUCCCUGGAGAACUUUCUAUUGUCCCAAAUCAUGUCUCUCAUAAACAAAUAAAUUUCUUUUUAGACCAUGA